AUGGAUUGUAUUAAGUCUUCAACAAAAUGCGUUAAAUGUGACAUACCAGUACAACCAAGGGAAAUAAAGCCUGAUUAUUUAGUAUCCAAUCUUAUACAGAAUAUCGAUAUUAUUUCAGAUGUUAUUGAUAAAAGGGAUAUAUGGAAUAAUUCUACUGAUGCUUCAAAUGUAUCAUUGGAUAAUACAAUAUCCACAGUACUGCAUACACCAAAGAAGCAAAAUUAUGUACGCAAGAAAAAUAUAAAUACACCAAAUCCCAAAGGAGAAACGCCAUUACAUGUGGCAUGCUUAAAAAGAAAUGCUGAACAAGUUAAAUAUCUCUUGUGCAUUGAUGCAGAUCCUAAUACAAAAGAUAAUGCUGGUUGGACACCUUUGCAAGAAAUGAUCAGUUAUGGGUGGAUUGAAAUAUGUGAAUUACUACUAGCAGGUGGAGCAUCACCUAAUAUGUUAGGUUAUAACAACCGAAGACCAUUGCACGAAGCUGCUAAACAUGACAAAAUCGAAAUAGCCAAAUUAUUGUUGCAAUAUAAUGCUGAUAAACACUCAUAUGAUCAAUAUGGCAAAAAGCCUAUAGACUACAGUAAAUCAGAAGAAAUGCGACAACUUCUGAUGGAUGUAUCACAGCCUCCAUCUGAAAAGGUAUCAGACCUCAAUCAAUCGCUAGAUAAAUCUUUUCAUACAGGAUGUGAUAAAUAUGUAAUUCUUGCAUCAAAUUUAAAACAUGAAAAUCAGAAAUUGCUUGGUCUUGUAGCUGCAAGACAUAAAUUCAAAAUUUUGACUACAUAUAGACCAUCUGUUACACAUGUGAUAGUGGAGGCAAAUGAGCAAAAUAUUACAACAUUGACACUUGAUGUUUUGUUUGCGAUUAUUUAUGGAAGCUGGCUUCUUAAUAGUGAAUGGAUUCAACUAGCAACGGAUAUGGAUGAUGUAGCUACCGUGGAUCUUGAAUUGUUCGAAAUUAACGGCGCGCCAACUUAUGGUAUCCCAAGGAAAGCGAGACAAAAUGCGAUAUGUCAAAACCCACGCCUAUUUAAUAAUUGUUUCUUUUAUUUUGCUUUGCAAGCUAAUACAACUUAUCAUAUUGGCGACGUGCGAUUAACGAAAGAUGAUUUAAUUCGACUUGUAAAGGAAGGAGAAGGAACAGUACUCACUCGAAAACCAGAUCCAGAAGAUCUGAAAGAUAUGUCACAAGUGAUACCUUUUCAUACUGCGAAUAAUGCGUCUCAUCCUUUACACAAGUGUACACAUUAUGUUAUAUAUGUGCCAGAAAAUUAUGCUACGAUCGUAUGAGACGAUGCUAUUUUGUGCAAAGUAUGAUCAAUUCUGGAAGAAGAUAUCGUACGGUAUCUCGUACAUUUACGGAUAAAGUACCGCUAGUCGCGCACAGGCACGUAUGCAGACGCGUUGUGCACACGCAGACAUGU